AGGGUUCAGCCCCGAGGCUCAGCGACGCUGGGCCCCAAGACACUCUGAUUUCCCUGUUGUCCACGAGUGGGUAGGAGGGGGUCGGUUCUGCAGUCCCAAGCAGGCCUGGGGUCUGGAGUUCUAGGAGGGGUGCACCGCGGUCCUUCCAGGCCUGGGCCAGCGGGACAGCAGCCAGUGCCCAGGAGGGGCAGUUGACAGCCAGGGCCAGCCAGGGCCGCUCGGCAGUGUUCUUCUCGGCAGGGUCAGUGCUAUUAAUAUCGGGAGCGCACGCAGCCCCGCCGGGUGAUCCUCUUAAUGCCUGGAUCCUCGGCCCCGGAGGCCGCCAGCGAGCACUGUUCUUCCUCGGACCGCACCGGCUCCGCACCUGCCCUGCGGCCUCCCAGCCCUGGGGGGCGGCUCCUGAGCGGUCCUGGGGGGCCGCUGUGUGUCUGAGUGGCACAGGGGAUGUUCCUGCAGACUCCGGGGCUCGCCCUGCCGUCCGCUAUCCCCUGCCCCAGCCAUGAGCAGCCCCCCAGCUUACCCUGGCAUCAGGAUCUCGGGGUGCUGGGCCCUUGGAGCGGAAGGCAGGUGAGUGGCAGGCCUGUGUCUCCCGCAGCUGUGGUGAGGCGACUGCCUUUGCUGUGUCGUGGCCGCUCGCAGACGUCAGGAGACUGGGUAGGUGCCCUCGAGGGGCCAGGCAGGGCUGGCCGCGAGCAGGGACUCGUUUUGCGUGGGGCUCUCUGUUUCAGGUGAGUCUCUGUCCCUGGUGGCUCGGAACCCGUUGGCUUGAAAUUACUUUUUGUCCCUGUAGCGAGAAGCACCCCGUCCACGUGUAGACUGGGAAAGGAGAUUUUUGGGGUGACCUUCCCAUUUCCAGGGUCGUGUCGCUGAGAAAAUGGGGUGAGGCUUGCGCUGAGGUCACAGUGAGGCUUCGUCCCUGGUUCCCAGAGAGAGAUGGGGCUUUGGAGAAGGCGGUGGAGCCGGGCUUGGCUGCACACCCGCCCCGGGGCCGGUCAGACCCACGUGGGGCGGGUUUCUGGCAAAGCUCUCUCUGGCCUACUUUCCCCUUUUCCUGGCGCAUGGGCACUCUUCCCUGGGACGGUGUCUGCCCCAGGCGUUGGCAGCAUGGGCCUCAGAGGUCGCCGGCAGCAGUGGCCGUCACUACCUCGUAGGACAAGGGGUGUUCGCAGCAGCAACGCGGAAUCCUUGGACAGGCUCCUCCCACCCGUGGGUGCCAGACGCUCACCCCGGAAGCGCACCACCAGCCAGUGCAAGUCUGAGCCCCCCCUGCUGCGCACCAGCAAGCGCACCAUCUACACGGCCGGCCGGCCGCCCUGGUACAACGAGCACGGCACGCAGUCCAAGGAGGCCUUUGCCAUUGGCCUGGGCGGUGGCAGCGCCUCGGGGAAGACCACCGUGGCCCGGAUGAUCAUCGAGGCCCUGGACGUGCCCUGGGUGGUCCUGCUGUCCAUGGACUCCUUCUACAAGGUGCUCACCACGCAGCAGCAGGAGCAGGCCGCCCACAACAACUUCAACUUUGACCACCCAGACGCCUUUGACUUUGACCUCAUCGUGUCCACCCUCAAGAAGCUGAAACAGGGCAAGAGCGUGAAGGUGCCCGUCUACGACUUCACCACGCACAGCCGGAAGAAGGACUGGAAAACCCUCUACGGUGCAAACGUCAUCAUCUUCGAGGGCAUCAUGGCCUUUGCUGACAAGACGUUGCUGGAGCUCCUGGACAUGAAGAUCUUCGUGGACACAGACUCUGAUAUCCGCCUCGUGCGGCGGCUGCGCCGGGACAUUAGUGAGCGAGGCCGAGACAUCGAGGGUGUCAUCAAACAGUAUAACAAGUUUGUCAAACCUGCCUUUGACCAGUACAUCCAGCCCACCAUGCGCGUGGCGGACAUCGUGGUGCCUUGGGGGAGCGGGAACACGGUGGCCAUCGACUUGAUCGUGCAGCACAUGCACAGCCAGCUGGAGGAGAGGAAGCUGCGCUGGGAUAUGGCCGCGCUGGCCUCGGCGCACCAGUGCCACCCCCUGCCCCGGACGCUGAGUGUCCUCAAGAGCACGCCGCAGGUGCGGGGCAUGCACACCAUCAUCAGGGACAAGGAGACCAGCCGCGACGAGUUCAUCUUCUACUCCAAGAGGCUGAUGCGGCUGCUCAUCGAGCACGCGCUCUCCUUCCUGCCCUUCCAGGACUGCGUCGUGCAGACCCCGCAGGGGCAGGACUACGCGGGCAAGUGCUACGCGGGGAAGCAGAUCACGGGCGUGUCCAUCCUGCGAGCGGGUGAGACCAUGGAGCCGGCGCUGCGGGCCGUGUGCAAAGACGUGCGCAUCGGCACGAUCCUCAUCCAGACCAACCAGCACACCGGGGAGCCCGAGCUCCACUACCUGCGGCUGCCCAAGGACAUCAGCGACGACCACGUGAUCCUGAUGGACUGCACCGUGUCCACGGGCGCUGCGGCCAUGAUGGCGGUGCGCGUGCUGCUGGACCACGACGUGCCUGAGGACAAGAUCUUCCUGCUGUCGCUGCUCAUGGCGGAGAUGGGCGUCCACUCGGUGGCCUACGCGUUCCCGCGAGUGCGGAUCAUCACCACGGCCGUGGACAAGCGCGUCAACGACCUGUUCCGCAUCAUCCCGGGCAUCGGUAACUUCGGUGACCGCUACUUUGGGACGGACGCGGCGCCCGACGGCAGCGACGAGGAGGAAGCGGCGUCCACCAGCUAGCUCCCGCGAGCCUCCGGCCUCGCCCGCACAGACGUCCUUGCUUUGAUUGAAAAGGAUGUUCACGCUGUAACCUGCUCCACACAUUUUAUAAAGUAAAGUUUAGGAAAAC